ACUCACAGUGACGUAGUCAACAUUAUUUAUAAUUCAUUUAAUUAUUUUCAGGUGUAUGGGGGGCGAUGGGCUCGGGCGGCACGGCUGAGGGCGACGGUCUCAGGAGGCGGAUGCCGUUACGACGCGUCGGAGGCGGCUCGGCGAAAAAGGCCGGUCACGUGAGCGCAUGUCACAGGGCCAUGCGCUACUACCGCCUCUGGAUCUACGCUUGCAACACCGUCCUGUUGGCCGGCGCUCUAGCUUUCACCGGAGCCGCCAUCAAAACUUUACUAUUCGAUUUUCGACGGAGUUUAGUGCCAUCGCUCACCCUGUACCAACCGUCGUUUCUUUAUGCGUACUUGGCUUUGGCGACGCAAGGGGGCGCCUUGCAGCUACUAGGGUGCCUUGCUGCUUUGAAGUUGUCCGAGCGGUUGCUGAACGCCUAUUGGUUGUUGUUGUUGGUACUUAUUUUCGGCGAUGUUGUGAUUGGUGCGUUUUGGGCUUACAGAUUCGAAAGGAUUUGUCAGGAACUUCGACCGGCCUUGAGGCUCAGAUUCCAACAGGAAUACGGCUCUAACAGUGCGAUGACAAGCUUAUGGGACCGAUUACAAUCCGAAGAUGAAUGUUGCGGCGUCACUGGACCCGACGAGUUUGACAACAGUACCGGAACUGUCCGAUGGGACAUGCCAGCUAGUUGUUGUUUAGAUCCCACUGGAAAUGCUGGCAAUAAUUUGACAAGAUGUACAAAAAUCCACAUAGCAGGCUGUGACGAACGUCUUCUGGCCUAUCUAAGGUCUACAGCCUCACUCCUAGCCAUCCUGGGCUAUUGCGUAUUGGCCUUCCUGAAGUUGUGCUUCCUGGGCAUUCUGCGAUACGAAAUCCGAGAAAUGAUUCAGAAAAUACGAAUAUUACGGUCAGAACUCGAAUUGCCGAACUUGAACGGGGCCGUACCGGGUACUUUGCGAGCGGAAGCGGCCGAAAGUGAACGCGAGUCGCUCCUGGUACGGCCCGAAAGUACUCUGUUUCUGUCGUCACCGCCGGUUCAGUCUAAAAAUCCGAACGGCAACAACAACUACGAGAUGAGAGAGUAUCACAGAAGUCACGACAAUAUAUGACUAAAGGUAAAAGUUAAUUAAGGUGGCACGUGUUUCUAUUUCUAUAUCAAUCACUUUACCCGACAGGCGAGCUGUUCAAAUAUGAAUUAAUGCACUUCAAACUUUGCGUUUUUAGUUUCCGGAUAGUGAACUUUCGGGCGAAUAAAUUUUUAAUCGGGAUUUUUUCAAUCGAUUUUGACUGUCAAGGAUACAUAU